AUGGACAUCCCUUCUGUAUACGACCAUCCACAAGCAGAAGCUACUGCCACUGCAACAGCAAGCUCAACGACUGCUCCAACGAUAACCGAACCAAAUACUAAGAGCCCAAACGAAGACAGUCAUCCACUCUCAGAUCAAACCACGCCGAGCUCAAUCGAAUCGUCAGCUCAAACCAUCACAAACUUACCAGCUACUUCCGAAGCAACAGGCUCGAAUCUCAUAUCACUUGACCAGGAAAUCAUCGAUCUCAAAAAGACCCUCGGUGGCGUCAGUGCUAGCUUAGGCGGUUGGUGGGGAAAAGUCCAAAAGCAGUCCGCUGAAGCACUCGCAGCGACAAACAUUACCGCCCAGAUUAAUACUGCUCGCAAGGACCUCGCUUCGUUGAACCUAAUCGAAAAGGCAAAGAAAGAGGUCGAACGACUAGGCGAUCAAGCCAAAGAAGGCUAUGCGGUCAUCUCAUCUGAAAUCGAGAAAGGGCCCGAUCUUGAAUCGACCGAAGGCAGGAUCGUGAAUGUUGACGGUGUAGAACUUCCAGCGCCAUCUCGAGAUAUCUCAUCAUCAUCGUCCUCGAUUACUAUCACCAAAGAUAAUAAAGAAGGACCUACCAGUCCAAAGGGAAAGGAACGAGCCCCAGAUCAGAAUCAAGCUACUAACGAAGGAAACGCAUCACCCAACUCUAUCUUGGCUUUCGAUGCGAGUAGUAUCGGCUCAUUCUUCAGCAAGCUGACUCAAGAUAGCGAAUCAUUAACGGCCACCCUACAAUCCAAGAUCUCUCAUCUACCCCAUCCACCUCACGUACCGGCUCGACUGACAAGUUCUGGCAAAUUUGAUCUUUCAGAAGUUCAGAAACUAGCGGAGGGCUACUUAGCCAAGGGCGAAGUCUACUUACAAGAUGUCGGUAAAGAAUUAAAGGAGUUCGUCCAGGAUGCUGUCAAAGUCAUUCCACCAUCAGAAUCAGACCAGGCCGAUCAGCCGGAGGAAGGUCCAAGCGCUAGUACACCAUCUGGCACUGUUAGUGUAACGGAGAAACGGAGGAUGCUAGACGUCAAACGAGAGGCGAUGCUCUCUAAAUUACGUCGGGACGAAUCCCAACUGCUAGCUGAUCCACGCGAAGAGGAUGAGAAUCUCCAAAAUGCGUUCGAUGAGUUCAUGACGGGUGUACAGCAAGCCGGUGGGCUCGAAGGCGAGGCUUGGAAGAAAAAAAUCCUGGCAGAACUAGAAUCAGAAGACUCUGAUCAAGUAGCACUGAAAGCUUUACUUGAAAAGCUCGUUCCGAACUGUAUAACCGAUGAAACUUUCUGGACUCGCUAUUUCUUCCGCAUUCACCGAAUCGAUCAAGAGGAAGCAGCCAGAAGAGUCGUCCUGAGUGCUGCGCAAGAAGAUAAUGAAGGUGAUUUCUCGUGGGACAUGGAAGAUGAGAGUGAGCCUCCUUCGCCGGUAGUGAUCGUCAAAUCACACCAAGAAGUUAGUGGGAAGGUAGUAGAGGAGAGAAGAGGGCAAAGAGAUGAGCAAGCGGAGACACCGAAAUUAUCGAAACUCUCGAACCCGAAGUUGGGUGCACCGGCGACGACCGACAAAUAUGAACAGUUGCCGACUGAGGAUGACUGGGGCAAUUCGCCAAUUGAUGCUACAGCGGCCUCGGUCGAGCCGGUGGCCAAACCGGCCGCGUCCAGUAGCACCACCAAAUCCAGAUCGACUUCGAACAACGAGGCUCGACGGAACUCGGCCUCUGAACCGGACACCAACGACAGCUUCGACGUUGUCAGUGCCCAGCAAUCCUCGGACGAGAAGCCGAAGAAGUCUGCCACCGUCUCGGCCGAUAAUAACAAACACGACGACGACGACGAUUCCGAUUGGGAAUAA